AUGGUACUCCACGUCUGUGCGGUGAUCCAGCCCACGGUGGAGGCCCAUGCCAAAAUUAAUUGGAACAGUUUGAUUGUGGACCGUAGCCUGUGCCUGAACGUGAGCUAUCAGUACAGGACGUUGAUGCUGGCCAGGGCCUUGUUAUACUCGCUGCUGGCGAUGAUUGGUCUCUGGUAUGGGCGCCAUCGGGAUUCAGUGGAGCGGGCGGAGUAUCGUCAGGCACUGCUCGACGAACGGGUGCGAAGCACGAACAUGAGGAUGAAAUCCUCCAGCCAGCUGGUAACGGCGCAUGAGGUGAUUGCCGAGUGGGUGCGCCGUCAAAAGGCGACCAAAGAGGAGCUUGAGAUGGACGAGGCGACGCUCGACGCUGAGCUGGACCAGACGGAGGGCUCCUAUUUUCCUUGGAGGACAUUCUUCUACUUUGCCCUGCCCUGGACGCUGACAUUUGUCGUCUCCGGAGUCCUCAAUUACGGCCGGCUCUAUUUCGUCAUCCAGCACUUUUGCCUCACCUACUGGCAGACGGUAUCGCUGUAUGUAAACAUCCAGAUGCUCUUCCUACGCCACAUGACAGCGGCCCUUGUGGAUGCCUGCUGGCGGCAGUUCUUCGGAUCUGUGGAUGAUCCCAGCAUCAGAACCAUCAACCACAUCACUUUCGAGACGCAUCUGCUGGCCGCGGAAUGA